GCCCCAGCCCGCCGAGCAGCUUUUAUAUGUUUUUCCCGCCCAACUGCCUCCAUGUCCCCGCCCCUCCACGAGAGGUGGGUGUCAAGCGGCGGUCUGUCCUUCUGCUAUUCGGCGAGGGAGCUGUCCAUCAAGCAGUAGUUCAUGGGCGAGGGCCAAUCAAACGCGUCUCUCGGGCCGAGCUCUGGCGCUCGGGUGGAAGCGGUGAGGAGCGGCGGAGGACGGCUGGCCGCGACCCCGCCUCAGGACACGGCCCGUGGGAUCCGUCCCUCGCAGAUCCGCGGGUGAGGGCCUCGGCCCGCCGGCUGCCAGGAGGUCCCUCCCGCUGCGGCCCGGAGGAGCGGCGCUGGGCCCGGGCCCGCGCGGGAGGCAGCAGGCCGCCGGCAGCCCCUCCGCUCCAUCCGGGCUCUCCCGAACGCGUCGUGCGGGAGAGUUGGGAGCCGCCUCCGCGGCCGUGCUUAGCGCAGCGGCGGUGGCUGCCCGCGCCCUGCGGGGACGCGGCGAGAGGUGACUCGGUGCUCGCAGGAGCGGGUGCCGGUCGCAGCGUGCUCCCGUCGGGGCCCGCGGCGCCGCCCUGCCCGCUCGGAGGCGCGCUGCCGUCCUCCAGCAGGAAGCGUGGGGGCUGCGGCCGGGCCCUUCCAGGCACACAGCUCUCAAGUACGGAUCGACGUUUGGCUUACAGGCAGAAAUGGGGAGAAGCCACGGGGGAGGCAAAGAGAAGCGGGGGUGGGGCUACCGCAGGCACUGCCACCGCCCCCCCCGGCGCCGGAGACCCAAUGGCAGUCACUGCAGCGACAGGCGAGCCCAAAGAGGAGGAUGCACACAACCCAGUGAAUCCAGGCCCCAGCUGCAGUGGAAAUCUUCCAUCUUCCAGUACAGCACAGAACUCUGCAGUACCAGAACUGCCAGGAUUUUACUAUGACCCAGAAAAAAACCGCUAUUUUCGCCUCCUGUCUGGACAUAAUAACUAUAACCCACUCACCAAGGAGAGCAUUCAGUACAAGGCAAUGGAGACUAAAAGACUGAAACUCUUAGAAGAGGAAGAACAACAAAAGAGGAAAACGACAAGGGCUGGACUGAACUCAUCUAUGCUGUUACAGAAAAGGCAGCUAGGUUUGCUGAGCUCCACAAGUUACUGCAGGCUGGUCCAUGAACUAAAAGUGAACUGCAUGCAGAGGAGGAAGAUAGAAAUUCACAGUCCAGAUUCCUCGGUUGCUGGAACCAACAAUUUUAAAAUAAUUGUGGCAGAUGUUGCUUGUGAGCGAAUAUUCACUGUGAACGACGUAGAGCACGGAGGAUGUAAAUAUGGUAUCAUCAACCUCAGUGGUUUGGGGAAAGAGUCUCUCACUGUGGAGAUGUACGACAACCUCUACUUCACAAACCGCAAAGUGAAUUCUGUGUGCUGGGCAUCAUUGACUCAUCCAGACUCUCAUGUUUUGCUGUGUCUCAUGGGAAUUGCAGAAACUCCAGGCUGUGCCAGUCUGCUUCCAGCAUCAUUGUUCAGCAGCACUAACCCAGGAGAUCGACCUGGAAUGCUGUGCAGCUUCAAGAUAUCUACGGCCUGGUCCUGUGCUUGGUGCCUGAAUCCACAAGCAGACAACUGCUUCAGUACAGGCCUGACACGACGAGUUCUUGUGACCAACGUAGUGACAGGGCAUCGACAGACAUUUGGAACCAGCAGUGAUGUGUUGGCACAACAGUUUGCCACCCAGACCCCAAUGCUGUACAAUGGCUGCCGUUCAGGUGAAAUUUUCAGCAUUGAUGUACGUCAACGCAACCGAAAGGGCCAGAGCUGGAAAGCAAUUCGUCUCUUCCAUGACUCAGCAGUUACAUCUAUUCGCCUUCUUGAGGCUGAACACUACCUUAUGGCAUCAGAUAUGGCUGGAAAGAUAAAACUGUGGGAUCUGAGAACAGCAAAGUGUGUGAAACAGUAUGAAGGUCAUCACAAUGAAUACGCUAUUCUCCCUUUGCAUGUAAAUGAGGAGGAAGGACUUCUUACAGCUGGAACCAAACGUGCACACGUCCCUGCAAACCCAUUUUUUAACCAACUAGUGCUUUCGCAGCCAAUGCAUCUAAUGAAGCCUGCAAAAACAGCGUGAAAAGAGAGGGGAAGAAGAGUAAAAACCAAGGUAAUUUGGCUUCAGUAACAGACAGCAAGCAGCAUGCAGGCACUGGUUGAUGUAUUAAAGUCAACCAUUUAUUUAUUAUGCAGGAGUAGCUAGGCCCCUAAGGUACCUUAACAAAAAUAACCCUGCACCACCCUCUCUCCAGCUCCAGUAUCAAAAUAUCCUAUUUCUUUGUCUCAGCUUCUCUGCAAGCACCAGAUCUAGUAGAAAACUUUAGAGGCCAACCUUGCAUGUUUCAUCUAUCAGACACAAUUUGGCUCUUUUUGCUCACUGUAGUAAAGCUCAGAGUGGACAACCAGGCACUCCUCAUGGACCAUACCUGACUGACAGAUUAUAGAGAAAAAAACUUCAGGGCUGAGAAAGAACAGCACUGACAACCCUGAACACUGAGCAUCUUCAGGCUUCUCCCACUAGAGCCCACAGCUGCUAGGACAUCUCACUGGAGACAUGCUACAUCUUAGGAAGAGGAAAAACUCUUCCUCUAGAAAGCUUACCAAAACCAGCUAUCGAACAGUGUUCAUGUCCUGAUCUAGCUGCUAUUGUUUCACACAUCCUAGUUACCUGCAUUCAGCCAAACACCAGAUUGUUUAUGCAGUUCAAGGGCUUAGCACCAGGCACAGUGAGGUUCCAGCAGGCUCCUACAGAAAAUGCAAGGCCUAGAAAAUCAAGGUCAUGCUGUGCUUGUCACCUCCCUCAAGCCAAAGUACAGGGCAUUAUUGACUCUUUCCACAGUCAAGCUAACAUUUUACUUUCCAGUUGUUGUGCACAGCCCUUUACAGCGAUUCCUCUCUUGGGAAUUCCCUCUCCAGUUUAAAGCAGGAUGGGAUCUGGCUGCUCUGUCCCUCCUUGGUGAAAGAGCAGCAGCAUUUUCCUUGUUCCCUGCCUCCAGAGAAAGAACAGCUGUUUUUUGCAGUGAGAGUCCUCCAGGAUGUGAGAGAUGAAGAGGAACUGGGCUACCUUUUUGCACUAAGAGCAGAAGUAUGACAUGGACAACAGCCUCGCCAUGCCAUUCCUUCCUGUUCCAUUGCAGUAAAGUACUUUAACAAAUGAUAAAAACUUGCAGUUUGCCAGCCCCUCAUCACCAUGAUUGUUUUGGAAGCCACAGACUCUUACCCUUGUUAUUUCAUAUACCACACUCCUGUUGUCAUCUCUCUCCACCCUUUUAAAACUCUCUAGGUCACACACAGUGAGCUUAGAUUUAACAGGUAGAAACUUGCACUUCUCUAAGUUCAAGUGCCUAAAGCAGGGAAGGCAUUCACUUUCCGGUCUUCUGGGGCAGUGGUAAGGGAUUAUCAUCCUGUUGUCCCCAGUUUACUGAAAUACAUGGCUUCAUGGCCAUCCUUCCUCUACUAUCUUGAUUAAUGCCAAAAUUAAGAGGCUAAACUAAGCCACUUAUCAGUCAAAAUUCCACUCUGGCAUUUUUACAUUUUGAGUUCAACUGUGACCUAUUCUAAUAGCAGCAGAAAAUAAAGCAUUUCUUGCAAGGAGAUGGGAAUUUACACCACAAUGUAUAAGCAGUCUACAGGAGCAUCUAGAUGCUCGUUUACAGCUCCUUCCAGAAAAGUUAUAAUAUGGUAGCAGACAAUUCAGGUUGUGUCCCCAAAUCUUGAACUGUUGGUAACUACCCGCACGCACUCUCUGUGAGCUGAAUCAGUCAACAUCAACCCAAAAGAAUUUUCAAGACGUAGGAUUCUGGGGAGAGCAGCUAGGGGUUGAAAGAUGGUGGAGUGGGUAGUUUAAAGCAUUUUACAACUAGCUUCAUGUUUCAAAAACAGAAGCCAUGGCACAAAGCAGAGAAACCACUGUAGGUGAAGUCUGAAAAUAUAAUCAAGAUCACUUGGCCUUUUCUUGUUCAAACAGCUUCUUUCCUAUCUGCAGUUCUAUCAUUCUGAUACCACAUUAGCUUUCUGAUUAUCACAGGAUACUGCUGAUUUUGAAAGCCCUCAUAGUAGGUCCUAUUUAUUUUGGCAUUGCCAUGAUUUCAUUGUUGAUCUGCCUGCACUGAGAACAAAAAUCUUCUAUGACAUACGCUGCUAUGUGCUGUGCUGACAGAAUAUACGUGUUGACAUUGCUUUACCAAGAAAAAGUGCUCAGCUAAAGCAAUAGGGAACAAAAAACAGACGGCUCGAUCGCUUGUCCAAAUCACUCUCUGUUCUCAAACUACUGGCAAAGGCAUAGCUGUUAGUGCCAAAUUCUAUUACAGCCAUCAGUGAUAAAUUAAAUGCAAGGACAAAGCCACAAUAUGUGGCACUGUCUCAACUGAAAACAUCAGUUGACAACAAAAUACAAAAACAAGAGGCUGCAAAAUCUAAGUGAGACAGUAGUAUUUAAAUCUGGUUAUGGCUGGUUAUAGUGGAAGCAAAAGGAGAAAAAGUCUGUAUCAGCAGGUGGGAAGCCAGAGUCCUGCAAUAUUCAAGCCCAGGCUCUCCAGAUCAGUGAGGGGAAUGUCUCAGCACAGCCACAGCAGACAGGCAGCCAGCAUAAAUACCAGGCAGACCUAAUAUCAUGAGCAUUCAUUUCAACAAAUAAGCUAUUGCUGACAUCAAAAGCCAGUGAUAUCAUCACUUUUACCUUAACACAACCAAAGGUCCAAUUCACGAGUGACACAACAGGGAGCAUACGUGAUACAAUGGAAAACUUCAGCAAGUGCAACCUCACUUGUGAGGAACUGGGCAAGAGGAUGAAUGAGCAGAAGAUACAACAGAAAAUAAAUAAUUAUAAAAGGGUGAAAGACAAAGGUAAUUCUUCUUUCUUGUGCAAGACCUCAGCAGCAGCUACAUGCCACAGCUCUGCUGUUCUGCCAGCUUCUUCCCUUGCUGCAAGUCUCAGGUACACUUGGUAUGCGUGUAAGCCAGGUCUGGAUCAAAGGUUUCAGGUAGAUACUCUAACUGAAAUUGUGCACAUCUGUAUGAAGCUCACAUAUCUGCUUCACAGGAGACAGAAACACACCACUUGUUUGAAGGUGAAUCUUUGUGCUGAACUGGCAUAGAUAACUAUAAUGGAAACAAAUCCAUCAGAGCAAUCACAUCAAACGUUUCUCCCUCUGCAAACCCUGUCCUCUUUUGUGGUACUUAAUUACUUUUCACUUGGCUGCACUAUCAGGAGAGUUUCGCACAUCAGUUAAUUCACAUGAUUCUUAUUUUAAUGUUUUUUUUCAGAGCAUUUUCUAAUCAGAAGAGGUGCAGAUGACGUUUGAUCUACCAAUAUGACAUCGUUCUUCUGGCAAAAGAUUUACAUCAGACUGUCUAAUCAUUCUGUAACUCAGAACAUGCUUUUAUCGUGCCACA